AUGCGAGCUUCCCUGUCAUGUGCUGCUUUAUUGGCAGCAUUGGCUGAUGCACAGCAGCUGUACUUCACGACGGACGGUUAUACUGAGCGUCCACAGUGCACUCAAGCAGCUGCUACUCCUCAGUACCAUUUCCGGCCCUUUUCCUAUACCCUAAAUGAGACGGUUCGCUUUGCUACUUCAGUACCCGCGCCAACCACAACCCGGACAUAUGCGCCUCCGUACUCGAAGGCCGUCAAGCACCUCACGACAAAUCCAGUGACUACGACAUGGGGUAACUGGCUGCCUAAUCAGACAGUGAUUACGGCCACAGAUACAGAUGAUCCUUAUGGACAAGCCGCGUGGUCGUCUCUUUGGCAGCAAGCCGAGCUUGAGAACUACACGACUACCGGACUGUAUUCGACUACUGUCAGUCCCACGGCGGUUCCAACCAGUGAACUAGUCCUGCCACCACGGGAGUACUUCGGGCCAACAGAUUGCUAUAACUUCCCAGAUGGCUUUAUCUUCGGAGUUGCAGGAAGUGCAGCUCAGGUCGAAGGUGCUAUGGGCUUGGAAGGUCGUAGCCCUACCAUCCAGGAAAAGCUGGUGAAUACCACUCAGCCAAAAAAUUAUGUGACGAACGAGAACUACUAUCUUUACAAACAAGACAUUCAACGAUUGGCUGCCAUGGGAGUCAAGUAUUAUAGUUUCUCGAUCCCGUGGACGAGGAUCCUACCAUUCGUGCUGCCGGGUUCGCCCGUGAACGAACAGGGGGUCAAGCAUUACGAUAACUUGAUUAACACUGUUCUUGAUGCUGGAAUGCAGCCUAUAGUUACCUUGCUCCAUUUUGACAGCCCAUUGAUGUUUGUCGGAAGCGACAACAGGUCAGUCCAUCCACAUAUUGGUUACUACAACGGCGGCUACCAGAACGAGACCUUCGUGGAUGCUUUUGUCAAUUAUGCGAAGAUCGUUCUAACUCACUAUGCUGACCGAGUUCCGAUUUGGGUCACAUUCAAUGAGCCCUUUCUCUAUUCUUUUAACUUCGCCGGUGCCAAUAAUGUGGUGCAUGCGCACGCGCAAGUGUACCAUUUCUACCACGAACAACUUAAUGCCACCGGUAAGAUGGGUAUUAAACUCAAUGACAAUUUUGGCGUCCCUCGAGACCCAACCAAUUCCAGCGACAUCAUGGCCGCCAACCGAUUCCAAGAGAUACAACUUGGACUUUAUGCAAACCCCAUCUUCUUAGGCGAACAAUACCCGGACUCUGUGCUGACAACUCUACCGGGGGCCAAACCACUCAGUGACCAGGACCUUUCAUAUAUAGGUAACACCUCGGACUUCUUCGGUGUCGACCCAUAUACCGCCACGGUAGUCUCCCAGCCUGCCGGAGGAAUCGAGAGCUGUGCAAAGAACCAAUCUACAGAGAACUCCUUAUUCCCUUACUGCGUUAUACAGGAGACAAAGAACAUCUACGGUUGGAACAUCGGAUACCGUGCCCAAAGCUACGUGUACAUCACACCUACCUACCUCAGAGAGUAUGUCAACUAUCUCUGGAAUACCUUCCGGAAGCCCGUGUUCGUCACCGAGUUCGGGCUCCCUGUAUCCCACGAAGCCGAUCAGGAGUUGUCAGACCAGCUAUUCGACACUCCACGCAGUAUCUACUAUCUGUCCUUCAUGUCAGAGAUUCUAAAAGCCAUCCACGAAGAUGGGGUGCAUGUCAUGGGUGCUUUGGCUUGGUCAUGGGCUGAUAACUGGGAGUUUGGCGACUAUAAGCAGCAAUUUGGGCUGCAGGUGGUGAAUCGGACGACGCAGCAACGAUUCUUCAAGAAGAGCUUUUUCGACUUGAUUGAUUUCGUGGGUGCGAGAUUACCAUCUUCUUCAUGA